GAGAGAGAGAGAGCAUCUCUUCUCUCGCAUCAGCAUCAUUCAUCGCUCUCUAUCUCUCCAUCACCGAGGCGUCUGUUAAACCUGUGGAGCGUCCCUCGGUUGAGAAGACAAGCGCGCGCGCACGCACGCACGCACACGCGCACUGUUUGAGCGUGUGGUUGUAGUUCGGAGAGAACAAACUGGUUUCACUUGAAUCUCCGCCUCACCGCGUUCUCGCCUUGAAGGAAGUUGAAGCGAACAGCAGGGUUGCGCGUCGAUUCGGAGCCGAAGCGAGCGGCGAUGGACGCGUUCAAGAAGGGCUUCUCCAAAGCCAGGGAUGGGGUCGCGGCGGUGGCGGAGAAAACCAAGCAGGGAGUGACCGGAGCAGCUGAGAUGACGAAAGACGGGGUCAUGUUUGUCGGUAACAAAACAAAGGAUGGAGUCACAACAGCCGUGUCUGGAGUGUCACAGGUGGGUGGAGCCAUGGUUACCGGGGUGACGGCGGUGGCCCACAAAACGGUGGAAGGAGCCGGCAACAUGGUGGUUGCCACUGGGUUGGUCAAGAAGGAUCCGGCCAAGCACGGUGACGAGGCCUCAGCUGUACAGGACAUGGCAGAGUCACCGGUUGACACGGACCCUGCUGAUGCUAUGGAGGACGACACCGACGACAACUGAUCGGAGACGGGAAACGUUCCACGUGGCUCCGCCCAAGUCCCGCUGUGCCUCCUUUGGCCCUUUAUGGAGUCUGUGCCCAACAUCUGUGUGUGCGCGCGCGUGUGUGUGUUGUUUCGUAUGUCUGUGGGUAAAUGUUAUAGAGAAAGAGAUGCCGUGCAUGUGUGUGUGUGUGUUUGCCUUUUACACAUCGGUGCUUAAAGUGACCGGCUGUAAUAACCGCGAGCACACGUCUCAGUGUCUUUAGUGUGUGUGUACGUGUGUGUGUGUGUGUGUGUGUGUUUAUGUAUGUUGUCGUCACCUGUGUGGCUUUAUCAACUGCUCAAACAUUUAAAUGUCAAACUUGAAGCACCUAAGUGUCUCGAUAUUAAUGAAUUAACGUGAUGUUUGAUAUGAAAGCUUAAUGAUAUUCUCUAUUUUUGUGUGUGCUGUCACUGUAUUUUGCGGUGAACUACAAAGUGCUGAGCUAUUCGUGCAUUCAUAUGGUAUUUUUUAAUUUGUCACCGGUGUGAUAAAUAUAUUGCAUUCUGAAUGGACUUUUGGAAACCAAGAGCAUGUAAAGGUGUUGAAAUAAAGUCAGUGAGGAAAAAGGG